CUGACGUUAAGGUGCUGGGUGCUCCGAAGCGUACAAGCCCGUUACUAUAAAAUGCAACUGCCUAGGUCGUUUAGAUGGGCAUUGGCUCAGUCCAUUUCGUGAAAUUGUGGAUGGUCGUCAAAACAUACGACUUCAUCGACAUACUAUGUUAACAGUGAACUCCAACUGUGGGUCAGUUGGUGCUUUCGAAUUACAAUGAGCAGUGUUAAUUUGGGCGUUAUUUGUUUAUUCACUUAAUUCAAUUUUUGAGCUCUAUCAGUGCUUGUAUUAUUAGAUAUUACGUGAGGGAAUGAGCGAUCCACUUGGCGGCUGCAAGCGCCGCAAAAUAAGCGGCGAGUUAAGCGAGGUAGACAUUCCAGAAGAUGGCAUGGUGAGGGAUUUGACUGUGACAUCCGAGGAGACGAACACCGAGGACUCCACCAUGCAGGAAAUUAAAGAACUCAGACAGAAGAAUAAACAGCUUCAUGCAGAAUCUAAAUACCAGCGUGAACAAAUCGCCAAUCUGACGGAAACCAUCAAAUCGCUAAAAUUAACGUUGAAAGUAGCGAAUCCAUCAUUAAGUGAUCAGGUGGCUCCAGCGCAACUGACCACAUCAAGAUUAACGGUACCAACAGCAUCUAGCAGCAGCAUCCCAACACGGAUCGACGAUGUCGAAAAGAUUAUGAGUGAAGAAGAAGAUGCUGCUCCGUUAAAUUCUGCUCAAUGUCGGAAUCCCAGGAAGAAGCAGGAAACCUCCAGUAAAGACAAUAGAAAACGAAAAACAGAUGUUGAAGCAAAUAGUGCCAGCGGAUCUUCGUCAACGAAUGGUAGGAAUCACAAGCAACCGCUUAGUAAACAAGGAAGGACAGAUUCUUUUAGCGAACAUGAAAUCCCGCUGGCUGACAAGCUAGAACAUAAAAUAGUCCCUGGUUCCGGGCUUAAACACACAAAUCACGGCGUUAUAUUUCAACUGAACAUCCUGAGUCGAGCACUAUGGCGCGUAAGUCGAGAUAAAAAUAUUAAAGAGUUUGGCUUAGCCACAGAGUUGCCGAACGCUGAAAAAUUCGACGACGUCGUCCUUAUGUACAAAGAUGGACACCAGUGGACAUUGCGGCUUUUACAAGCGAAGCAUAAACAUAAUGAAUGUGGAAUAUCAUUUAAAGAUCUCAUGACUACCAACCAAGAAAGUCCUUUUUGCCUCCUGAAAUAUUUUCGUUCAUUCGUGAAAGUUGCAAAAGCAUGGUCAGAUGAUAUCCGUCCCAAUACAAUAUUUUCAAAAUGCUAUCUGCAAGAUGUUAUUCUUCUGACAAACGCGGAUUUAGCAGACGAUGUUCUAGAGUGUAUGGAAAUGGUGAAUAGUUCGCGCAACGAUCCGGAUAUACUGUUAGGAAUAGAGAGCGAUUCAGUAAAGUAUUACAAACUGAAGCAGUCUCAACCAAUAUUGGAACCAAUUUUAUGGUCUCACACAGACUUUAAUGGGCUUGUGGAAGAACUGGUCGACAAUUUAUUAUUACCCAAUCGGCAGAUAAAUUGGACCAGGAGUCUUCAGAAGGAGUACUAUUAUCCUUUAGUACGCAAUGUAUUCGAUAUUGUCAUGGAAAAUGGAAAUUAUUUUGCAAAAUUAUCAAAAAGCUUUCUAGAAGGAUCCGAUCCGAAGGUGAAAAAAUUGAGUAAUGCGAUGGGAAAGUUGAUAGCGUUUCGCGAGAACAAUUAUAUGUUUAUAAUACCCUCAGAAUUGAAAUCGUUGGACACAGAAGGGCAGAAAAAAUUGGCAGAAAGGUUGGCCAACGAUUUGGUGAACAAAGUUGAAUUGAAAUCUUCCAAUUAUUCUGACUCUUUCAUUGCUUUGGGAAUUCUUAUUAUUGACUUCAAGGAAGGGAAGUUAGACUCAAAAUUUAUUAAAUCGACAGUGGCAAAGGCAAAGGACUUCAGGACAUUUCUCCAAGAAGCCAUAAAACGAGUUGGCCCUUUAGACAGAUGUACUAUAAAGAAUUUGCAAGAAAUGCAAGUAAUUGUUCCUCGGGACUUUUACCAGCCCGAUGUGCCCCACGAUAUGCGAGUGAGUGAGAACCUCGCUGAACAUUUACAUAAAAUUCGUACAGAGAAUCGUUCGCUAAACGCAGAUUCCAUGGGAAAUUUUCGAGCGUACUUAGAUCCUGUAACUAAGGAAGUUAUUGAUGUUAAAACCGGCAAAUUUCAUAAAAAUUUUCUGGAAGGCAAGUUGUCCCCAGCCGGAAAGAUGUUGCAACAAUAUUUAGUGGACGCAAUAAUUGACGAUAAAACUGCUAAUACCGCACUGAAGAACACCGCAGAGAAGAAAUUUCCCAUUACAAAAUCUUUCGCGAACCAAUUCCAACCCAAACCUAGUCCGUCAAUAAAAAAUCCAGAAAAGUUCGCAGAAGAAAUCGCUGACGCCAUUGAAAAUUGCCAGGACAAGGAUUUUAGAAUUGAUUGUAGCAACAAGAGCGCUGACUUCCUAUCAAACCUGUCCGAAUUAUUAGGGCACAUCCUUUUCAGAGUAUCUACAUGGUUUGAAUUCAGCGAAAACUUUGUAAAAGAAACACAUCUGCCGGGAGAUCUCUCAGAAUUCCACAAGUUACUUAAGAACCGCCUCAAAUCUAAAUUCGAGUCUAUCGGAAAAUAUACUUUCACCAUUCCAAAUUUAGAAGCUUGCGAAGAGGCUGUUUUUCGUAGAAAUUUGCCGAAUCCAAUUACUCUUGACGAUAUCAGGGAUUUCUACGAGAAAUUUCGAAUAGUGGCAGGAUAUCCAGAUAAAGAUGGAGUUCUUCAUCUUUUGGAAAAGGAGGUGGAAAACCAAUACCAGAAUUUAGACAGCAAAGGAUUUGUUGCGCUGUUUUGUAAGGAUGUGGAAAAUUGGAUGUCACAUCGAAUGGGAACUUUCUACACAAGUAGAAGGACUAAAGAUCUGUUGCAGAAAACGAAAGAACACUUAUCUUGCCACGAGUUGCUUGGGAUCAGUGAAAGCUACUUGCAAGCGGGGGUUAUACCCUAUGAAUUUAAUUCUGAGUGUUUGGUAGAAUACCUUAAAGAUUUCUUGAAACACUCAGGUAUAGAUAUUUGGUUACUAAUUAGUUCCAAUCUUUUCCUCUGUCGCGCUCAAUUUGGUCAGGCCUUUCGUGUAUUACAGAAAAUGGGCAAUCCUGACCUCAAAUUGUAUCUCCACGAAUUUGGUUAUGUGUUUUUAACCUGGGAACAAUUCUCUGAUAGUUCCUUCCAAGACAUGAUUACUACCCGGAACGACGACGAAGACAAAUGGAAUUUCUGGUUGGUUGAAUGUGGGGACUCCAGUCUUCUAAGAACCGCAUCUGAAUCAUUGCCGAAAAUUAUUGAUUUGAUGCUUUACAGAACGGUUAGAUGUUCAGUAAGAAGAAAGGUUAUAUUUCUUUCACAAAAAUCGGUUUUGCCUGCAAUAAAAACCGCGAUUCAAUCUCGAACGGAUGAUGUGGUUGUACAAAUGCCAGACAAGAAAAUAGGCACAGUUUUUUCAAGUGUGAAAAAAGAAUCACAAUUGAAACUUUUGGAUUCAAAUCUCAUAAGGUUACAUAAUCGCCCUUUGAAAUUAGGCGAUGUCCUUGAACAAACAACAGUCGAUUUUAUCGAUGAAAAGACUUUAGAGAUGUUCAUCAGCAAUGUCCCCGUUGAUAUCGAGUGCAAGCACCGUCUUAAUAUGAAUUAUUACAUGAAGCGAAAUAUUGAACUGAUAAUUUUUAAUCCCUCGGAAUUUCAGUCAACAGAAAAUGAAAGUAGGUACUAUCUAAAGAUUGGCACUGAAAAAACAGAUGAAAUAAUAGUUACUGAUCUUGAAGAAGUCUUCAUUCAGAAUAGCGAAAAACAAGAAACAAAAAUACCGAUUCAUUGGUUUGAAAAAUUUGGUGAUAAGGUUAUAUGGCGAAGGUCGAUUGGAAAAAUAACUAACUUGAGGAAAUAUCGCUGUAGUGAUAUGGUUACCGACACUUUAAAUGAGGAACAAUUUUUAAGGUCUACUGAUGACAAUCAAAUAACUAUUAUAUGUGGUGCACCCGGGGUAGGGAAAUCACAGCUCCUCACUAGUUUGUUUUCAGCGAGUAGGAAUAGCAAAGGAGCCAUUUGGUCUAUUCACGUUGAUUUGAAUUUAUACUCCAGGUUCUUUAACGAAAUACAACAAAAGCAAGAAACACACACCCAAACCUUCUUAUUAGACUUACUCAAGUCAAGACAACACUCUCAGUUUAACACUCAGUUUGAGGAAGACCUCCUUUACAAUACACUUCUGAAUAAAACCAAAAUUCAACUUGUCCUAUUCUUUGACGGAUUUGAUGAAAUAAGCCCCAACUAUAAGACAGUUGUCCUCAAUUAUUUACAGUCUUUCAAGGAUCUUCCAUGCAUUCGCAAGGUGUUUGUGAGUACUCGUCCAACUUUUGUUCAAUGUCUUGAAGACGAUUUGAACGUGUUACAUCACAAAUUAUGUGAUUUGAAACCCCACGAACAAGAAGAAAUGUUUAAUCAAUACAUGAAGAUCCAAAACAUCCCAGUGGAAGCAGAUAUAUUGUCUAAAUUUAUAAAAGGACAAAGUGACUUCCACGUCUAUCCUCUUCAUAUAAAAAUGCUGGCUGAGGUGAGCAGUGAAGUUGUCAAACGAGGCGAAUUAAUACCUGAUACCUUGAAUAUUAUCACGUUAUAUGAGAAAUAUAUCAAACUAAAGUUCCUCAUAUUCCGAGGAGAGAAAAUGAACCAAGAUCUAACUAAUGUUUCCGUCACCGUUGACAUGGAGGAUAUCUACCCGUACUAUUUAGAAGAGCACGAGAUUCUUGCACUGCAUACAUUCUUUAGCGAAGAAGAACUAAGACAGUUUUACGGAACCAAAUUGGAGGAGGAGACAAUCAAGUAUAAACAAAUUUUGAAGAAUGUCCAAGCUGGGAAACAAAAAUAUGGAAUUGUCUUCGUGAUAGACAGCAAUGAUCUCCAGUUCAUCCACCGCACCUUUAUUGAAUAUUUCGUGGCGGUCUUUCUCGUUAAGGUACUAGUGAAGCCUGAAAGAGUUAAGAAAAAUGUGUCCGAAUUAUUUCUAAAUGAAAUGAUAGACAAGGAAAGAUUUAUCGAUACCUUGAACUUUGUUGAUAAAUGGAUGGAACUAAAUUUGUGCGGCAAAGUUUUUCAAGACGGAGUUUUCGACGAGGUGGGGAGCGACCUGGAAGAAACAACAGUUUUUAAAGCCAUCAGUUACUGCUCACAACAAAAUCUCUCUGGAAUUAGAAAAUACCUCUUUUUUCUUUCGAUGUCUUCCUCCGAAUUUAUAACUUUUGAUUUGUACAUUAUGUUGAAUACGUUAUUCAAUGUGGAAUGGCUGUGGAAAUUCAUUUACAUGUUACAUGCUGAGCUUAACUGGAGCACCGAAUCUUGGAGAACAUUUCCCCUGAUCACUUCUAGUCACUGCAGGGCGCUCCUUCAGACAGAUGACGAGUAUGCUACAUAUAACUGGAAAUCUUCGAGUUAUUGUACGUAUCAGGAGUUAUACUAUCCAGAACUUAAAAAAGCCAUGUCAAAGUGGGAGAGUGAUUGUUUGGAGCCUCCAGCAUAUAUGCAAGAAGAUGCGCUCCACUUUGCAGUUGAAAAGGGGGACAUGAACCUUUGCAAAAUACUGUGCAAGAAAAACUAUUUGUUACUCAAUCACGUGACUAAAAAUGGCGAUACAGUUUUACAUCGGUCUUGUAAGUUUGGACAUCGCAAAAUGCUGAUGUUCCUCAUUGAUGCUAUGCAGAUGAAUAACAGUUUCGACGCUUCCAAAAUUAUCACCGCCCGAAAUAGAAACGGUGAGACCCUAUUGCAUAUUGCAGCACAAACCAUGCCUGACGUAGUUUCUGAUUUACUAAAGCAUAAUAUAAGCGUUUUCGGCGUUGAUAUUUAUGGAAAGACUGCAUUUGACUACGCUUGCAUUUACUGUGAUGAGAAAACUAUCCAAAUGCUAUCAGAGAAAGUGAUUGACAAUGUGGAGUCGAAUAUGCCACAGACACUGCUUGGUGUGAAAACUAUUUUAUACCAGGUCGCGCGAAGCUUUGAUGGAUCCGAACCCCAUAUGCAAGUAUUUUCUCAAUGCCAGAUGCAAAUGCAGUGUCUUCUUAGUGAUUGGCCACAUGAAAAUAGGUUGGCAGAAGUCAACAGUAGUGCGGAUUCACUGAACGUGAGCUACAUUCACCAAUUCGCUUCUAUUAUUCAGCAGCCAUUUGGGGUUCCUUUCUUCCGCUACAAUAGACGUGUAUCAAAAAGUGAUCCUACGUCAAAACAUCAUGCAGCAUGUGUGAGCGGUUUGGUGCUUUGGUUGCGAAUGCUAGACAACAAGAACAGAGACACAGUGUUACAUUGUGCUGCCUAUUCUGGAAAUGCGGCACUCUGUGAAUGGGUCCUCCAGUUGCCUUACAUGGCCCGGAAUUCACCACGUCAAAUAUGCAUCAAUGACGUAAACGAAUGUGGUGAAACGCCUUUGCAUGCCGCCACACUAGGCAGUGUUGAGGUUUUAGAAACCCUACAAAGGCACGGUGCGAACCUUAAUGCAAAAGACAAUCUGGGGCAAAGCGUUUUGCACCAUGCCGCUUUCCAUGGACGGGAGGACAUGUGUAUGUGGCUAGUGAAGGCCAACGCUGACCCGUCAUGUCGAACGAAGUCUGGUGUGACUGUCCUGCACGCAGCUGCGCAAUCAGGCAAUUUAAAACUAGUUGAAUGGUUGGUAGAAAAAGUUCACCUGAGCAUUUUAGAAGUUGCGGAAAAGAGCCGUAGCAACGUCCUUCAUUUCGCAGCAUCUUCUGGUAACCGAGACCUGUGCGAAUGGCUUUUAACGCGCCUUCCGCAAACAAAUAAGUGUAUCAUUAACGACAGGAAUAAUGAUGGGCUCACUCCUCUUCUAAAUGCCGCAAAAUAUGGUGACAUUAGUAUGCUGGAUUUAUUGAUGGAAAAUGGCGCCAAACUCCGUUUUGCGGAAACACCAGCCUUUUCAGGGGUAUUUCUUCGAAAUUCAAUUCUAUUGAAUUGGUUGUGGACACAGAUUAAAAACUCCUUUUACUUUUUGGACGGCAUAGAUAGGGAAUCAGAACUUCUCAAGUUAAUUGAAGAACCAUGUAAUCACCAAUUUAACCGCUGGUUAUUAUCCGCAGCUCUUAAGAACGGUCCACACAACAACCUAGUAGACUACAUUAAAUCACAUAGCCCAGUAUUUAAUGGUACCCGCAAAUUUUUGAGGAUGUCAACUGAUAUCUCAAGUAGUUGGAUCAACGACCUCCCCAUAAGUGUACUUAUGCGGCAAUUGGCGAGCUAUAGUUUCGAAUUAUUCGAAAGAGCGAUCAGUACCAACGUUCUCACUGACUGCUGCGAUGAAAAUGGUCGUACCAUUGUACACCACGCCUGCCUGCAAGGCCGUUUGGAUAUCUACAAAUGGCUAACAGAAAACCAUAUUUGCGCGUAUGUGCCGCCUGCCGAAAUGGAAGACGUUCCAUCAGUUCUACACGACGCAGCGACAUCAGGCAAUCUCGAACUCCUUCAAUAUGUGUAUGAUCAAACAAACGCGAAUUUGCUUGAAUGUACUGCGAAUGGGAAAAGCAUUUACCACUGCGCUGCACAGUCUGGCGAAAUCAAUCUUCUGAAGUGGUGUCUAGAUAAGACAUGUAAUUCCUCCGAAGAACAACGAAAUGCUCUUCAAAAGACAGAUACACAGGGUCGUUCUCUUUCUCACUAUGCAGCUGCAGCUGGUAGAAUGGAAAUGAGUCGAUGGUUGGGGGGCAAAGUGUUUUUUAAAUUAAGGGCUAGAGAUUUAUCGAGCAUCUUGCACGAGGCGUCCAAAUCAGGAAGCUUGGAGCUGUGCCAGUAUUUUGUUCACAAUGGCUCUAAUAUUGCUGAUAGUAAUAUACAUGGAGAUACAGCUCCUAGUAUUGCUAUUACCAAUCAUCAUCCUGCGCUUUACGAAUGGUUUGCUAUGCAAGAAAACCACGACGCAACCAACUCAUCGAACGCUCGUGAGGUUAGUGUAAACAACACUCUAUGGAGGCCUUCCGAGCGUUUUCCGUAUGAUUUCUGCAUUGCGUGCAUAAAAGGCGACAUUGAAAAUUGCGAGCUGCUGAAAUGUUCUACCGAUACAGAAAACCGUUUCCAUCAAAAACUUAGAGAUGCAAUAUCACGAAAUGGAAAUCUUUUCGGUGAGUGUUGCCCUGUGAACUAUAGAGUAGAAUAUGGACCAGUGAUUUACUUAACUCACCCGGUCAUUGGCUUCAAUGGACUUUGUGAAACAGCUGCUAUAUGCUUUGAUGAAGACGAUACAAAAGUAUGUCAGCUUCUAUUGUGUAAAUAUUCAUCAUCAAACUCCUCUCUACAGAAAUAUUUAAAAAUGUUUAUGAAGGAAACUUCAGGCAAUUUCGGGUUUCGUCAGCAUAUUCUUUGCAAGCUUCAGAACACUUAUAAUAGUUUCGCGCAAAACGUGGGGGUGGGCGCUUUGACAAUAGAUGAAACUGAAGAAGACGGAAUUAUGUUAUUCAGGGACCUUGUUGGUCCUUGUUCCUCACUUGACGCUUCUGAAAAAGAGAAUGAGGGUUUUGGAGGUGCCCUUGAGUUAUGUAAUGCGCUAAUACGAGCGGGCUUGUGGCCGGGGGGCGGAAAUAGAAAGUCCCCUAUUCACUUGGCGGCAGCCCGCAAUUACUUGAAUGUCUGUAAACUACUCUUAUAUUCCCUCUCUUCAACUGAUGAUGAAUUUAAAGCGAGACCUUCGAUACAACUAGUCACUACCAUCAAGCAAGCUUCUGAGUUGCUCAAGCUACUGAAUAUAUACGCCGACGGAUAUUUUCAGAGUAAUGCCAAUGCAUGCAUCGCCAGAUGAAGUUUCGUUAUUAUGUCAGCCUCUAUGGCAACAGUCAAGCAACUUUACACAGCAGAUGAAACUCCCAAAGUAACAGUGUGACAAACAAUGAGCUUGUUCGUUUGAGGCCGAAUCGCAUCUAGUACAUGUAUUUUAGGUUGCGUUUCUCUAGCAAUCAACGAUCUUUUUGGGUACCCAUGCGUGCAUGCGAUAAUUUACAAAAAGCUCACUGAAAGACUGGCGUUGUGAUGCUUGGAUUGUCGCAUUCUGUGCAAUCGUUUCGAAAGAAACCAAAGUUGUACGUUGAUCUAAUCUGUUGUUGCUACCACGUUUUUUCCGAUUUGCUAGCACAAUAAGACAUCUACAUAUUUUCACACAUUUCCCCCCGGGGCAUCACCCCUUCAGGGUGGUUAUUAGAAUUCGUCGUUUGUCUUGUUUCAAACACUUAUCAAAUUUGGACUUCAAAUGCAUGUGAAAAUGUCGCUAUCAGAUUGGGCAUGAAAUAAUGACUACUUCCUAUCGAAUUUUAAUUAAGACAAGUCGGAAAACCGGAAGCUCACGCUUCGGGUAUAAAGGUUUUGUGUUCAUCUUAUGUAAGAAAUUUCAACGCACAUUUUUCUAUCCGUAUAUAGCUACAAAUCCAACA